UCAACGCACAGGAAACCUUUCCUGUUGCUGGUUGGUCGAUUGCCUUCGACCAGCCCUUUACUUGAGGGUCUUGCCAAGCAUCGAGGAGGGAGGGGAUAUUUUAAUGGCCGUCCGUAGCACUACAAAAUGCAAAAAGUCCGGAUUAUCUACCAUAUAUAGACUGCUACAGGCACCGAUGCGUUAAGUACGCAUUUAUGUGUUGAUAAGCAUCGCUGCGUGGACAUAUUCGGAAUAGAGAUGUCUUUGUAAUGGUGUUUGUACUCUGCUGAGCGGACUUUACCCGCUUGAUUUGUGUGCGAGUGGGAAAUCAGGCCUAGCCGGCUGGCUAAAAAACAAGCGGACGGUUAGCCUUUCGCUGGAGUUAAAAGGGAAUAUGUAACAUAGAGCAGCCAACAUGACAUCCAGAUUCGGCAAAACGUACAACCGCAAAGGUGGGGAGGCUAACUCGAAAUUUGAGGAGGUCUUUUCCAAUAAAAAGCCCACUCUGACCACCAAAUGGGGGGAGACCACCUACAAGGCUCAGCUCGGAGCCAAACGGCCUUUGUUAAAACCUGACGUUUCUGAGGUCCCCAAAAGGCCCAGGCUUGAGGACAGUGAUAGUGAGGAAGACCCGUUUGGCUUUGACAGUGAUGAAGAGUCCAAGACUGUAACCUCCCACAACGUGUCGCAGGCAAAAGUUGCUGAAGGGGAGGUGACGAAGACCACCACAGUGCAAAGCACUGGGACAGCCGCUGUUGUGACUUAUGCACAGUCCUCUGCAUGUUCAACAGCCACAUUCACGAGCAAACAAAAAACAGAGGAGAAAGUAGGUAAAAAUAACCAGCCGUGGUACAAAAGUGAAUCGCAGAGCAGCCAGAAACCUGCAUGGGGGACCUCUUUGUCAAGCACAGUCCUCUCUGAUGAUCAGAACUUCUCCCAGAGGUCCACCUCCUCCUCUCCUAAUAUAGACACAUCCGUUAAACUGUUCACUGAUGUGCCAGGUGGUAGCAGGGACUUCCAAUCCUCAUCUUCUUGUGAUGGCUUGCUGUCAGAUGAAAUGAAAGGUGCAGAGGUGGAGCCUUCAGCGGAGGCCCCACCAGAGCCAGUGGACAACAUUCCCCCUUCCCCAUUUACCCUGAGGGCCUCAAAUUGCAAAAAAUACCAGCGGCCAGGCCGUCCUGACAAAUCAUCGUCUGAACUUGCAGAAAGUAACAGCAACAAGUCCACUGAUGGUGAAAGUGCCCAAGAUAAGCCCAACAGUGCCCUUUCUGCUGGUGCAAGUAGUACUGCUGCCAGUGCUAAAACAGCAGCCAAGCCUGUGGGAAGGGGUGGUGGGAGGGUACGGGACUACACGGUUCUCCACCCUUCCUGCCUGUCAGUGUGCAAUGUCACCAUCCAGGACUCAAUGGAGCGGAGCAUUGAUGAACUGGUCAGCCUCGCUCCCCCAGCUGACCUUGGAGAAGCAGGGCAGAUGAAGAAGAAAUCAGAUGCACCACCACCCAAACCUACUAGGUUCAGACCCACACAGACAAAGACCAAGAAGACCAAGACCGAGACCAAGCUAGAGUUCUUUGGCUUUGAGGACAAAGAGGACCAGGAGGGGGAGGAGGGUUCAGAAGCUGGCAAGAGUAGCUACAAGAUCAAGUACUUUGGCUUUGAUGACCUGAGUGAGAGUGACAGUGAUGAUGAGAGCUCCCAAGCCAAAGAAAAGAAGGCCAGGAAGGCAGCCGCAGCCUUAGCUGCUUUGAGCUCCAGCGUGGAUAGCCCUCAUACCAGUGACUCUCAAGACAGUCAUGCUAGCAGUAAUACAGCAGAUGCCUUUGACUUUUCCGAUGACUCAAGUCCUGGUGGCACCGAGGGCCAGAAAGCACGCUCAGGGAAGCCAAGUGACAAAUCCAAGGACGUUGGCAGUGGACUGAAAAAGAUUUUCAGUGGACCCAAAAAGUCUCCUGCUAAAGCUGUGUACAAUGCUCGCCACUGGAACCAGCCCGAACCUGAAGAAAUGCCUGUGCCUCCAGUCUCUCGAUCUCAGACUGCUCCGGCUAUUUUAUCGAGCAGCAGCAAGGACAGCAACUCCCAUAAAGAUGACGGCUUGUUCAAAGCUCCUCCACCGCCACCCAAAGUCAUUAAGUCAGAGACCAUCCCCACACGACUCAACCAGGAUAUUGUCACAGCACUCAAAUGCAGAAAAGAAGACAAGGAGCUGUAUACUGUGGUGCAGCAUGUGAAACACUUCAACGAUGUGGUGGAGUUUGGAGAGAAUCAAGAGUUCACAGAUGAUUUUGAGUACCUGGAGACGGGGCUCAAGAGUAGUCAGCCGCUCAACACAAGAUGCCUUAGUAUAAUCAGCCUGGCCACACGGUGUGCCAUGCCCAGUUUCAGGAUGCACCUGAGGGCAAGAGGAAAAGUCGCACAGGUCUUCAAAAUGCUCAACGAUGCUCCACAACACCCCAACCUCGCUCUGUGCACGGCUGCACUGAUGUACAUUUUGAGCCGGGAUCGUCUUAACAUGGAUCUGGACAGGGCAUGUCUGGAGCUAAUGAUCAAGCUGCUGGAACUAGACCAGGACUACUCGGGUCACCAGGAUCAGCUCACAGCAAAGGAGAUGGCAAAGGUCAAAGAGAAGAUCAGGAAAUUGUGCGAGACUGUGCACAACAAGCACCUUGACUUAGAAAACAUCACGACAGGGCACCUUGCCAUGGAGACACUUCUGUCGUUAACCUCCAAGAGAGCUGGUGAUUGGUUCAAAGAGGAGCUCCGGCUACUGGGAGGCCUGGACCAUAUUGUUGACAAAGUGAAAGAGUGUGUUGACAACCUGAGCCAAGAGGAUGACAAGGAGAACCUUGUAGCAUCUUUAUGGGGGGCUGAGAGGUGUCUGAGAGUGCUUGAAAGUGUUACAGUGCAGAACCCUGAAAAUCAGAGUUACUUGAUUGCCUACAAAGACUCUCAGCUUAUUGUCUCCUCUGCCAGAGCUUUGCGAUACUGUGAGGAUAUGAUCCAGCGGUACAGCAGGGCAUUAAACAACACCUCUCUGUCUUCAUCGGCUGCUGCACUGCCUCACUGCAGCUUCACAAAUGUGGGAAAGGCGGUGGAGGACUGUAUGAGGGCUGUUAUUGGAGUGCUGCUCAACCUUACCCAUGACAAUGAGUGGGGAAGCACUAAGACGGGUGAACAGGAUCAGCUAAUAGUGACUGCUCUAAAUUGUGUCCUUCAAGUCCCACGCUACAUCCCCCAGGAGCAGCGAUUUGACGUGCGUGUGCUGGGUCUGGGUCUACUAAUUAACCUUGUGGAGUACAGCUCCAGAAACCGCCACUGUCUGGUGGACAUGGAGUACAAUGUCGACGACACCUGUCUGGAAGACAGCCUCAUGCAGCCUGCUGACCCAACGCAAUCUGACACAUUGGCAGAGUCAGCUGAGACUCAGGCAGAUACGGCUGACAAGCCCAAGUCCUGCGGUGCUUUGGCUGCCCUGGUGAAGCUCUUCCUUGAGAGGGAGCGUGCUGCCAUCCUGGCUGAGGCAAAGACUGACGACCUCAUCAGUGAGGCCCCCAAACCGGCACUAGACCAAAGCGGAGAGUGGCAAGAGACAUCAGGAGAGAUCCAGUGGGUGGCAUCCGAAACAAAUGACAGCCAACCUGAGAAGAAAGAAGAGGAGGAUGAAGAGUUGGACCUAAAUAAAGCUCUGCAGCACGCAGGCAAGCAUAUGGAGGACAGCAUUGUUGCUUCAUACACAGCCCUGCUGCUGGGCUGCCUCUGUCAGGGCAGCCAGAUUAAUGUGACUACUGUGAGAGAAAAUCUACCUAAAGGAGAUUUCUCCAUCAUGACAGAAAUGCUGAAGAAGUUCUUGAGCUUCAUGAACCUCACUUGUGCAAUGGGCACCACAGGACAGAAGUCCAUCUCACGGGUCAUCGACUACCUGGAGCACUGUUAACAGACAGCAAACUAUCGAGCUCUUACUCCGACUGCACAUUAAACGGUUUCCAGGUUA